AUGUCUCUUCUUCCCAUGUUCCAUCUUCUUAUGCAUCAAAUAAUAUUUCACAUUGGUUUAGGUGUAUUACCCAAUGUUUUCCUAUGCGACUUAUUUCCUACGAAACUAAAAGGCAUUGUUGGAGCCAUCGUUGUGAUUUUCGAUGGUAUAAUUGGUUUUACCGCGUCGAAACUGACUCAAGUGAUUACCGAUAAUAUAGGAGUGUUUUGGAAUUACGCGUUUUUCUGGAUAUCAUGCUUAAUAGCAUUAGUGAUGAUGUUCGUAUGGGUACCGGAAACGGGAGGAAAAACAUAUCGCGAGAUUGAAGAGCUUCUACUUGGUGAAAAUUUUAAUUCUUUGAAUGAAGAAAUUAGCACCAAUGAAAUGGAUACUCGUAGAAUAUGACAGGAAAAAUUGCACUCUACAUCCAUGGCGCGGUGUCUGCUUACUCGGAAUAUUUUACUUCUUAAUUUUAGUAGUAUAACGAUAACGAUCUUCAAUU